UCACCCCUUCGUAUCAUCCGUCGCUUAAUUAGCGCAUACGGGGGCCGCGGCUAAACCCUAGAAAAAGUACAAAGGGAUCUCCCCCAAUCUCCCUCCAUCUCAAGCCCUAGCGAAGGUUUCGCUUCUCUCUCCGAUCCCCAAUGGAGGAGGAGGAGCUCGAGAAAGCGGUGCACGCGUACUUGAGGAAGAAGGGCUUCAAACUCAGCGACCUCGCGCUUCAGGAUCAGAAUCGCCUCUCCGCCUCUUCCCACAACGAUCUCGUACUCACUAGAUUAGAGAACGACCCAGUGCGGUACCAUGAUGGUUACAGCAAACUGAGAUCAUGGGCGUACAGUUCACUAGAUUUGUACAAGCAUGAACUACUUCGAGUGCUCUAUCCUGUUUUUAUACACUGCUUCAUGGAUCUAGUGGCAGAAGGACAUAUGCAGGAAGCUCGGACAUUUUUCCAUACAUUUCGUGAAGAUCAUGAACUAAUGCAUUUGCGGGAUCUUCAAAAGUUGGAAGGCAUCCUUUCUCCGUCACAUUUGGAGGAAAUGGAAUUGGCUCGUACUCUACGGCAGAGCAAAGUUAAAAUAAAAUUAUGUGAGUAUUCCUAUGAUCUUCUUCUGCAAUAUCUUCAGAAGACGCAAUCUAUUGCUAUGCUGGGGAUUAUCAAUGAACACAUAAACUUUGAAGUUUCUGCUGGAAAGCCCUCUUCAAUUGCUGAUGAUGCCGAUGUCGUUGCUCUCGUGGGGAGCAGCCAGGAUGAAGCCAAACAGAUAAAUCAGAAGGAAGUACGCUGGGGGUUACUUGAAGAUUCAAUUGAAGAACGUUUGGAAAGAGCACUUUCAGAUUCUGAGAAGGCUGAUGUUGAAAGCAAGGAGGUAGACCCAGAAGAUAACAAGAAGAGAUCAACAGAUGGAGGUAAGCAGGGUGCUUCUAUCAAGAAGCUGAAGAAGGACAAGCUUGUUGGUGUGACGGGAAAGAACGUUCGCUCCGAGACAAGCAUGGUGUCCAUGGCUCCUCGAGUGAAACCAGAACUUCCUCUACCUGUAAUGUCUAUUGAAGAUGAACAAGCUAUUCUAGAGGACUUGCGAAACCGUGUACAAUUAAGCAGCUUGGCACUGCCAUCAGUCAGCUUUUAUACCUUUAUAAAUACACAUAAUGGAUUAAAUUGUUCAUCUAUAUCAAACGAUGGAUCACUGGUUGCUGGUGGAUUCUCUGACUCAUCUGUGAAGGUUUGGGACAUGUCAAAGAUUGGUCAAGCAGGCAAAACGACCACUGUGCAGGGAGAAGAUGGGUCAGCCCAAGAGCAUAUGCUGAAUUCAGACGAGGGCAAGAGGCAGUACACAUUAUUUCAGGGCCACUCUGGACCAGUUUAUUCUACUACCUUUAGCCCUUUUGGAGAUUUUCUUUUAUCGUCGUCGUCAGACUGCACAAUUAGAUUAUGGUGUACUAAACUAAAUAGUAACCUGGUUUGCUACAAAGGACACAACUACCCAGUGUGGGAUGUUCAGUUUAGUCCAGUUGGACAUUAUUUUGCUAGUUGUUCGCAUGAUCGGACUGCUAGAAUUUGGUCAAUGGAGAGAAUCAAGCCUUUGCGCAUAAUGGCUGGACAUCUUUCAGAUGUUGACUGUGUACAGUGGCAUGUGAACUGUAAUUACAUUGCGACUGGUUCUAGCGACAAAACUGUAAGGCUAUGGGAUGUUCAAACGGGGGAGUGUGUUCGUAUUUUCAUCGGCCACAGGAGUAUGGUAUUAUCAUUGGCGAUGUCUCCUGAUGGGAGGUAUAUGGCUUCUGGUGAUGAAGACGGCACAAUCAUGAUGUGGGAUCUUUCUAGCGGCCGCUGUGUUUCGCCACUAAUGGGACACAGCUCGUGUGUUUGGACACUUGCUUUCAGGCACGUUUGGCACUCACUUUGUAUUGGAUGGAUACAACAAGAGAGCGAUGUUGGGUGAGAGGAAGGGUUAAGUGGCUCAGCAGGCCUUUUUGAUCAAAGAGCAAGGAUCGAAUUAUCAAAUCCCAUUUGAGAGUUUGGGAUUGACGUGUCGUGGGACCAUGGCUGCUAUUUGAGUCUGGUGGGAUACAAUAGGACUUGUCAAUUCGAUACUCUUCAAUCCUAACCUUUAGGGUGAGAUCUGAUAAUUCUAUCCUAAUAGGAUUAUUUGGCCACCAAAGCCUUCGACCCAGUAAAAUAUCAUCCACAAAUAUUGUUCUCUCGUCUUAUCCUAUCGAAUUCAUUUUUGGUGGCAAACGGGCACUAAAGUUAUUAUGAGUUCUCAAGAGCUGCAAAAUUGCAAAUUAAAAGAAAAUCAAUCAAGUGACUCUUGAAUCUAGAGCUUCUGUUAUUUAUACAUCUUUUUUAUUAUUAUUCCGGAGUACAGUGAUGCUCUGAGCUUGAUAAUGAAACGCUUGAUGAUCAAUGAUGCCUGCUAAUGGGUUUUACCCUGAUACUUGUUCUUUGUUGUCAUAAUCCUUUGAAUUUCAUCU